GAAAGAUGUAAUUAAAUUGUGGAGUGUGAGCUUUGAGUGGAGCUGCAGAAAAAUAAUGGAGUCGAGGGGGGUGGCGAGCCACAGCAACAUUGUUAGCAGCAAACAAAAGAAGGCUAAACGCAGAGAGAUACUGGAAAAGAAGAAGGCAAUUGAUGAAUUGAUAAAAGCAGCAUCUUCUGAGAAGGACCAUCUUGUUUAUUUCCAACCAUUUUGUCAUUACAAUAGAAACGGUCUGUCUGUGUUUUUAGAAUCUGGAAGUGGGGAUAAACUUUCCUCUUCUGUAAAGCGGUACAUUCAAAACCUCCUUAAGGUCAAUAUGGAGAUGGCGUUUGGUCCUGAGUGGUCAACAGAAGAAAAGGUGAAAUGUAGGGACAUGGUUGCUUCAGAAGCGCGUUAUAUAUUUGUUCACGAGGCUCCAAAUGCUAGUGUUGAUGAAAUUUCAAUGAAGUUAGAUAAAAGCCCCUUGGUUGGAUUUGUAAAUUAUCGCUUUACUCUUGAGGAAGAUAUACCUGUUCUUUAUGUGUAUGAAAUACAGCUCGAGUCUCAUGUCCAAGGGAAGGGAUUGGGGAAAUUCCUUAUGCAACUAAUUGAGCUUAUUGCUCGCAAGAGCUGCAUGGGUGCUGUAGUAUUAACGGUUCAAAAAGCGAAUGCAUUAGCCAUGAAUUUCUACAGAAGUAAGCUGAGAUACACAAUAUCAAGCAUAUCACCAUCCAGAGUUGAUCCCUUGAUGGGUCUUGAGAAGAGUUACGAGAUUCUCUGCAAAGCAUUUGACCAUGAAGCCAAAGCUAUAUUGGAGGGGAGUGGAUGAGCAGGAGAGAGAUGACUUUUCAGUGUAUUCUUGAUGUAUGUUCUGAAUUAAACCUUUUCUUUUUCUGUAUGUCCUUUCUCAUUCCCUUUUUCUUAAAUACAAGAUAGAAUGGAUUAAUUACAGAGAAUCAUUAAAUUUGAUUCUGUGCAUGAACCAUCUCGAUGACUGAUGCUCUUCACCGUCAUUGACAAUUGAACUUCGAAUCUUUUCUUUUUUCCCCCAAAGUUGUGGGCUUAUAAUUAUGUUAGUUGAUCCUGAAUUGUGAAAUUGCAUCUUGUUUAAAUAACUCAGUUUUAUUUAAACUGUUUGCGCUA